AAACUUCUUUCUCUCCUUGGAAGAGGAGGAGCGAUUCGGGAAGGGGUAAGGUCUCUGUCGGUUUCUCUCCUGCCCCGCUCGGAUCUGGCACGUGCGUGUUUCGGUUUCUCUGGUUUUGGCGAGGGUGGCGGGCAUUCCCCCCAAGUGACUCCCCUUUCUUUGUUGCUGGGCUGGAGAGCAGCAGGACAGGCCCCCCAGUUUCUCAGACUCCUCGGCCGAGGAGAGGUCCCCCACGGCUGAGCCUGAUUCCCGCGGAGGCGUAAUUUGGUCAUGGGAAAAAGUGCCACGUCUCUUUCCGCUGGCCGGCAACCCUAGGAAGAAGAUGCAGUUUUGUUCCUCGGCAGGCGCGCUCGGGAGUGAAGGGUCCGUGGUAGUCUUUUUGGCUAAAAGGAGGGGGUCUCCUCCAGCAUCCCCACCCCAACGUGCAGGUUCUCGGUCUCAACUCUGAGGCCACGGGGAUGAGACGCGCCUGGAAGACAGUCAACUUUUCCCCCUUCCUCCUCGUUUCCAUCGUGGGAGCAGAUCCAUCCAUCAUUCCGGCCCUUUCGGAACCCCAGGCCGUUGUCUGAUAGAGUGAGCCUGCCCUUGGAGGUUCUGCGGAAGAUGCUUCCAAAGCAGAGCCCGCUUGGCAGGGCUUAAACCUUCCCUUUGGGGGGCUUUUUGCUCUGCGCCUCCGUCCCGGAAGCAAACUUCCAGCGCAUUUGAGCCGUGGUUAUUUGGUUCAGGUUUGGAGGGGGAGGCCGAGCGGUGCCCUGAGCAGAAGAGGGCUGGCCUCGGCCCCCUUUGGCUGGUUAGCAAGAGCACCCCCGAAAUGGGACACUCCCACUUUUUACCACCCUGGAAAUGCGUCCUGUCUGGAACGGGGUGGUCUGCAGAGGGAAGAAAAGCCACAACUGUUGAGCACAAUUUUUCGGAGGCUGCCAAAUCGUGGUUUCCAAGUAGAGUCGUGUCCUCUGGGGUUUUUUUUGAGGGGGGGAUUCCAGCCCCCGAAAGCCUACCUUUACCGUCCUCCUUUGCCUGCUCCCAUCUGCUUAACCUUGAAUCCAGGAUAGCAACAGUCCAUCGCCUGCAGAUCAGCUUCGGGGUGGUGGUGGUGGAAGUGGCCGUGAAAUUCCCUUUUAGAUCAAAGUGCCCCAGCACGCCCCCCCCCAAAAAGCCCCUAGUCUCAGAGGCUUUUUGCAAGCUUCCAAACUGCUCCUGCUUUGCUCGGCUGGUCUUUGAAGAUAGACUGCCUUGGAACAUGCAGGGUCCACAAUUCUCUCCCAGAGAACAGGCCCCAUUUGGCUCCUUCACCACCGGUGGGUCUCUGGUAAAGAUGCCUCUGGCAGGGACCCGUGCCACGCUUCCAGGAAUGGCAUCAGAGCAGGGUCUGGGGUGGGCUGGAUUAGGCUUGGGUUCAGCCCCCUUCACCACUCUGGCCCUGAGACCUCUAACCCUGGUCAGUUCAGUCUUUUGCACCCCCCCAGCCAGGCUGCUCUGAAAGGGUCCUGGGUGCCACCUUUAACUGCGUGCCCCAAUUGUACCCAGGCCCCUUCUAGAGAGAGAGGCUGAGGGAAGGGUCUCUAAACCUGCAGGAAGAAAUCUUUUCCACCUUAGGAAGGGAAGCUGGAACAAUAAUCUAUUUGACAGCCAGAACUCCCAGUUGGGAGCUGUAAAGCCGUUCCAUUUUUGGGGGGAUCCAACAUUUGAGGGGGAUCCAGUCGAUUUGUAGGGACUAUAAAAUCUUCCCAAAAUUUUGGGGAUCGAACUUUCCAACCCGGGGAGGGGGGUCAAGUCGGUCUCCUUCGGAUAAGACGUGUUGGGAGUUCCUCUUGACCCAGCUGGCUGGGGAGGAUGGGACUUGGGGGCUCACCUGCCUGGAGGGGACCCAAGCGGGCAAGGCUGAUGCAGGGGAAGGGGUCACACUUCUCUAAAGGGAUUUUCUGGAGUUUCCCGCAAUCUGCACGGAGAAUAAAAUUGUCCUUUUUAUACGGCUGGAGCGUGAUCGAAGGUGGGGGAGUCUUUGGAUUGGGCUUGGUUCAGGGCUGGGCGUGAGCUGAGUGUGCAAGGCCUGCUGUGAAGGAAAGGGGGCACAAGCACAGCUGAAGGGGACCCUCGCAUCUCUCUCUCCCCAUAACUCCAGCCCCUUUGCAGCAGCCGCCCCACGUCCCUAAUUCCUUCUUUGUCACCAAACUGCAGGUUUGGCUCCCGCGAAGAACAGAUCUCUGGUGCUCACCCUGCCCGUGAUGGAGUACACGGUUAUGAACAAGCUGAUCUGCGGGAAGAAGAUGCGGGUGGAAGGCGGCCAGCUGGGGGGCGACGAAUGGACGCGGCACGGCAGUUUCGUGAACAAGCCCACCCGGGGCUGGCUGCACCGCGACGACAAGGUGAUGGGUUCCGGAGUCUCCUACCUCGUCCGGUAUAUGGGUUGUGUGGAAGUGCUACAAUCAAUGCGGGCCCUCGAUUUCAGCACCAGGACCCAAGUCACGAGGGAGGCUAUCGGCCUGGUGUGUGAAGCCGUGCCCAGUACCAAGGGAGCUGUGCGCAGGAGGAAGCCCUGCGGCCGUGCGCUCAACUCGAUCCUCGGCAAGACCAACCUGAAGUUUGCCGCGAUGCCAAUCACCCUCACCAUCUCGACCAGCAGCCUUAACCUCAUGGCAUCUGAUUGUAAGCAGAUCAUUGCCAACCACCAUAUGCAGUCGAUUUCCUUUGCCUCCGGAGGCGAUCCGGACACAGCAGAGUACGUCGCCUACGUUGCCAAAGACCCCGUGAAUCACAGAGCUUGCCACAUCUUGGAGUGCCCCGAGGGGCUGUCCCAAGACGUCAUCAGCACCAUCGGGCAGGCCUUCGAGUUGCGCUUCAAGCAAUACCUGAAGAACCCGCCCAAGCUCGUCACGCCUCACGACAGGAUGGCCGGAUUCGACAGCUCCGCUUGGGACGAAGAGGACGAUCCGCCGCCCGACCAUCAGUACUACAACGACUUCCCGGGAAAGGAGCCGCCCUUAGGGGGGGUGGUCGACCUGCGCUUGCGGGAUGGGGCUGCGGCGGCCCAAACCCCCAACAAUUUGGGAGCCACCUUGCCUGUUGGACAAGUGGCAGCCGGGGACUACGAAUCCAAGAAGCCACAUUCGGUCGCGCAAGGCAGGGAUAGGUGCUCUCCUGGCCGCACAGAGGUCUUCGUUGACCCCUCCUACGUUAACGUGCAAAAUAUGGAGAAAAUGCAGCCGGGCGUCCCGGGCGUGACCUCCAACGGCAGCGUGCAGAGGGACCUCUUUGACAUGAAGCCUUUCGAGGACGCCUUGCGGGCACCGCCGGCUCCUGUUCCGCCCUCCCACCCGCCAGCUACCAUGGAGGAGCAGCUCCGCCGGGAACCAUGGUAUCACGGUCAGAUGAGCCGCAAGGAGUCGGAGAAGCUGCUGCAAGCCAACGGGGACUUCCUGGUGCGCGAAAGUACCACCACCCCGGGCCAGUAUGUGCUCACCGGCCUGCAGGGGGGGCAGCCAAAACAUCUGCUUCUCGUCGAUCCAGAAGGAGUGGUCCGGACGAAGGACCACCGCUUUGAGAGUGUCAGCCACCUGAUCAGCCACCACAUGGACAAUCGGCUGCCGAUCAUCUCGGCCGGCAGCGAGCUGUGCCUACAGCAGCCCGUCGAGCGGAGGCAGUGAGCGGGAACAGGCUGGGGGCCGCGCCGCGACGCCACGCGACUCCCGAAUGCCCCCUUUCUCUCCAGCUGCGGGGGCUUCUCCGACAGCUCCCGGGAGCGCGCCGCCCCCUCGGCCGAAGCGUCCGGCUCUCCCGAGGUGAGCUCCCACGCCACCACGCACUCGCCUCUCGCCACGUCUCAGCUUUCCCUCCUCGCUGCAACGGGCCGGCCAAGACGCUAGUCCUCAGUGAGGGCGCUCCAGCCUUAGAUUUGCCGGCUGCGCUGGAUUUGGGUCGGGGGGGGGAUCAAGUCGCCCCCCCCCCCCGCCACUGGCCAUGUUUCGGAAGAGCCGGGCGGUCUUUCGCGGGCCACGCGGUGCCUUGUGGAAUCCUCUCCGGAGGCAACUGAUGCCAAAGUCCCUGUCUGGGUUUGUUUUGUGGGAGAUGGGGGGAGGAAGCCGUGACCUCCCCCUUCCUUAAAGCACAAAAAGGAAAAAGGGGGGGAGCGACUCCCUCGGGUCUCCACGUCAGACCCGCCCCUCCCUGCACACAGACCCCUCUUGUUCACUUUAUAUACGUUCUGUGUGUGCCUUGAUCCUUUUACAGGUCGGAUUUUAUGCAAAAUUCCUCUUGCUCCGGCAGUUCUCGGCACUGCCUGGUGGAUUUUCUUUGGG